AUGUAUGGUGCGAGAGUGAUGCCAGCAUGUUUUGAAUGCUAUUCUGUGAACAGACCCCGCAAGUAUCCCCAACAGAAUGACGUCGAUUUCCUUUCCGAACUUCGUAAUCUCGAAAAAGAAUUGUUUUAUGCCAAAGUGGAAGGACCCAAGAGUUCCAAGGAUCAGAUGAAAAGGGGGGACGUUGGACAAAGAGACGCGAUGCGCAAAGAGUACGAAGACAAUGCUGCCAUUUAUCUGUAUGAAAACAAGACCGAAAAGGAUCGGAAGGAAGAAGUCAUCAAUGUCAAGGAGAAGAUGAGUAGUACACAGAAAACAAAAAGGAGGCCAAUCAAGGAUUCCGAACAGAAGGAUAAAGUGAGCAAACGGUGCCACAACGACGGCAAGGUCAGUAAUUUUUAUUAUUUUAAUGAUUUCAAAUUCCAGAAGAUUCAUCAGAAGAGUCGCCGAGUUAAGCAAUGCACCAGAAUCGGAGGCUCUGCUGAUAUUAUUUCCAGCUCUUCUAGUCGUUGCGCUUUCCGUGCCUCAAGUUUUACAUCAAUUCAUUCAUUGGAAGCAAACACAAAAGAUGAAUGCAAAAAGGAAAUGGAUUCAGAUAACGAUGAAGAAGUUGAUGUCUCCCCGAAGGUUGCCUACUUCCAGGGAUAUGCGGAACAUUGUGUCAAGGAGAGCAUAAAACCCAAACCCGUUGUUUACGGUACUUGGGAAGCCCGGGAAUGUUUUGCGGAGACCUUGAGAAGUCUCUCUUACACCGUUCAUAGUAUGGAAACUCUUCGACAAGUGGGUCCGAGAUCCAACCAAGAUUUCUUCGAUGGUGUUGUUGUAAGUACUUUAGUUUUGUAACAUUCUUCUAGCACUCUCUCAGAGGCACCGUUGAACAGCUCAGCGAUCUCCAGUAUCGUUAUGAUCACGAUGCCAACAACUUCCAGAAAAGUGUCAAAAAUCAAUACUGGUAUUCUAAAUAA